UUCAGCAACUACGCCCCAGUCCCAAUCGGAUAACAAAAUAUAGGCGCAUUGGCAAUAACAAAACAAAGAACAUUAGCACUUACAGAUCUCCACAGCAACCAACGCACAAAAAUGAUGAUGAUCGAACCGCCCUCCGCCGUCCGAUUCUCCGCCGGCGGAUUCGACCCCACCUCCCGCCGCCGCCUCUCUCAUUCCUCCAGCUUCUUCAUCCCUUGGAAUAAGUUUCCGAGAUUAAAUGAUGGGUCUUGCACGAGAAAGAUCAAUUUGAUCAAAAGUAGGGUUAGAGCAUCUGCGGAUGAGCAGUCGGGUUCGUCUUUGGGGCCAAAGCCGUCGCGGUACCAUCCAUUUGAGGACAUUUCGGAUUCAGAAGCAGUGGAGGGUGAAGAGGCUAGACUCACCCCUGCAGAAACUACUAAGACCAUCAUUGAGGUAAACAGCAAAGCGACGCUAAUGUUUUCAGGUUUUAUUGAUGAUGAAGUUCAUGAGAACAUUUUCUGGCCAGAUUUGCCUUUUGUAACUGAUGAACAUGGAUAUAUAUACUUUCAGGUGAAAAAUGACGAGGACGUUCUUCGAACCUUAGCAUCUGAGGAUAAUUAUGUGCAAGUCAUAAUAGGCCUGGAUACUUCAGAAAUGAUUAGUGAGAUGGAGUUAUUAGGUCAAUCAGGGAUUGAUUUUGGUAUAGAGGAUAUUGACGAUGAAGAUAGUGGUUCUGACAAUGACAAUGAUGAGGACGACGAUAAUGAAAGCGAUGAGGAUGACAAUUAUGAAACGGACUGGGUUUCCAUUCUUGAUGAUGAGGGAGCUGAUGAAGCACUUGGGGACUGGGCAAAAUUGGAGACCAUGCGUGCUUCUCAUCCAAUGUAUUUUGCCAAAAAGGUGGCUGAGGUUGUGUCAGACGAUCCAAUAGAUUUUAUGGACCAGCCUCCUGCUGGUCUUGCUAUUCAAGGCGUUUUAAGACCUGCCUUUAUUGAAGAAGACUCUGUCAUCCAGAAACAUAUAUCUGAUCAACAGUCUAGUGAUUGUGACACAACUCAGGUUGGGGAAAUUGUACAAGACAAAGUGGAAUACUUUGGCAUUAUUAAUGGCCAAAUACAUGAGCUAGGGCCAUCUGAAAAUAGCGCAAAUCGGGCAGAGGAUUCAGAGAAGGACGAAAGCCUGCAAAGUGGAACUUCAUUCUACAAGCUAGAGAUGAUUAAGAUUCAGUUGAUUUCUGCGCAUGGACAUCAGACUCUGGUUGAGGUAGAAGAUUUUGGGAAAGCUCGGCCUGAUGCUAUUGCGCAUUCAGCUGCCAAAAUUAUAUCUCGUCUUAAAGCUGGUGGAGAAAAGACCAUGCAGGCCCUCAAAUCAAUCUGUUGGAGAUGCAAGGGUAUUCAAGUGGAGGACGCGACACUCAUUGGUAUAGAUACCCUGGGUUUUGACUUGAGAGUUUGCUCUGGAACACAAGUUCAGACGUUGAGGUUUGCAUUUAAAAAGCGGGCCUCUUCAGUGUAUAGUGCGGAGAAACAAUUGAAUGAUAUAUUGUUCCCAAGGAUCCAACACAGACCGGAAAAAAAGAAGGAAGCUCAACAAACAGAAUUGUGAUGAUGUUGAGUACCAAAUUGUUGUUUAUAAUUCUGUAUGUUCUGUAGGCUGAGAGCUCGAUAAAGCAGUUUUUUUUUUUUGGUUCAGUUCCGGCUUAUGUAUUUGUUCAAUUCAAAAUAACCAUAAUGAAAGUCCAUUGCUUUGCCCU